AAUCCAAUCACAGAGCAGGAACCGAGCUCGGCACUUCCGUCUGCGGCCUGUAUGUCCUGUCAUCCCGCGCUACGCACUUCCCCACGCGUGGGUAACUGUUUGCCCUUUCCAGCCUAGCCCGGCCAUGGACGUGUCCGGAGUGUAAACAUCUGGACAGUCUUGAAUAAAGACACCGGAUGUUUUUCGGAUAAUUACAGCAAACACGUUGGUAACCAGAGGACUGUGUGUCUGGUUGAAAAUGGAAGCGGAAGGUUUGGUUCGCAGGAGGCGGAUGAGCGCGGAGCCGCCGGGGGGAGAAGGCGCGGUGGCAGGAGCUUCCGCCGGCACUGAAGUUCGCUGGCUCGGGGGCAGGAUGUGGGCUCUGUCCGAAGGCAUAAUGGGAACUCUGGCACCGCGAAUAGGAGGUGAAUCGGAACUUAGCACGAUGCAACUUCAUGGGUCCCAGGAAGUGUCCGAGAUUUUGGAACCGGACUACGAAGGGCUGCCUCAAGGAGCUUCUACCAGCACUUACAUGUUGGCCGGGGCUGUAGCGGGGAUCAUGGAGCACUGCCUCAUGUUUCCUAUCGACUGUGUGAAGACCCGCAUGCAGAGCUUGCAACCCGAUCCAGCCGCCCGCUACCGUAAUGUAAUGGAUGCGUUAUGGCGCAUCAUGAGGACUGAGGGUAUCUGGCGGCCUAUCAGAGGCCUGAAUGUGACAGCAGUGGGGGCAGGGCCCGCCCAUGCGCUCUACUUUGCCUGCUACGAGAAGCUAAAAAAGACUCUUGGAGAUGUCAUCUACCCAGGAGCUAACAGUCAUUUGGCGAACGGAGCUGCAGGAUGCGUGGCCACAUUGCUUCAUGACGCCGCAAUGAACCCGGCUGAAGUGGUGAAGCAAAGGAUGCAGAUGUUUAACUCGCCCUACCAGAGCGUGCUGGAGUGCAUGCGCUAUGUUUGGCGACAUGAAGGAGCUGGGGCUUUUUACCGCAGCUAUACCACGCAGCUCACCAUGAACGUGCCGUUCCAGGCGCUGCACUUCAUCACCUACGAGUACCUCCAGGAGGUGCUCAAUCCCCACAGACUGUACAACCCAUCAUCUCAUAUGAUUUCCGGGGCUCUAGCUGGGGCGGUGGCUGCCGCCGCCACCACACCGCUAGACGUGUGUAAGACUCUGUUAAACACACAGGAGACACUGGCGCUGCACUCAGUGAGCCCUGGCCGAGCACAGAUCUCAGGCCUGGCCCAUGCCUUCAGGACAGUAUACAGGCUGGGUGGCCUGCCUGCCUACUUCAAAGGUGUGCAGGCUCGAGUCAUCUACCAAAUGCCCUCUACAGCCAUCAGCUGGUCUGUUUACGAGUUCUUCAAGUAUGUCAUCACCAAGCAUCAACUUGAGCGGCUGAGAAUGCAGAGGGAUGGAGAGAAGUAGAUGCUUGCACGCUUAUUGUCGAACCCUGCCCUUGACCAGCAACUCCCCUGGCCUUGACUUUCUCUCUCUCUUGCUGUCUCUCCUGUUUGCUGCAACGCCGACAAGACAUGCAUGCUACAGAGAGACAGAGAGAAGUAGCCGCUCACACGCACACUCGUCUUGGCCUGUCCUUGCUCAGAAGAUACCCAGGACUCCUUUCCCUCUUUUAAAUUUAUUUUUCUUUUCUUUUUUUUUUCCCCCUUUCGCACAAUCUUCACCACUACACCAACGACCAGGGCUCAAUACUGCACAGGGAUAGACUGGUUGGACAUCUGAACAAUAUUUAUAUCAACAGUUGCUUUGCACUAGAGUUUCAUAAAUCCCAAAUGUGAUUACCCUUGGUCCCACCAGAGGGCAUCAAAGCCUCUACUAAGUUAAAAGUUGCUAAUUAGAGGAAGAUCUUUGAAAUUCAGUGAUCUACAAUAGAACACUCUGUAAUAUAGCUUUCUACAAGCAAAGGUAGAGUAAUGUAUAGAAACUGAGGAUGUAUAGUAAUUGAGGAUAUAUUUUUAAAAUUUCCAGACAGAUCACAAUUGUAACUAAUCAAAGCAUUUAGACCAAAUAUAAAUUAAAAGGUUAAUAUUGAUCAGAGAUAGAAAAAUAAUAGCACAAUGAACUUUUCCUAACAAUUGGUUUUGCUUAUUUAUUAUUAAAUAACCAUUUUAGAUUUAAAAUCUAUCCUGAAAGAAUUUUUGGACCCCUAAUUUUACAUUAUUGGUUUCGAGUUUCCUGAGCAUUUGAGAAAGCAUUGCUGGGAAUAAAUGCAGUUAAAAGAAGCUCCAUUUCCUUCUGAUGUUUAUAACAUUACUGCAUUGUCUGUAAACUGCAUAGAAAGCAAUAACAGUGUUUAGUAAUUGGAAUAUUGUUCUAAUUUUACCAACUGUUCUUACUUGCACUGAUUAAAAUUGAAGGCCAUUUAAGAGACGUGAUUGUGGUAAAUGUAAUGUGCAUUUACUGUAAUGUACCGAGUGUUUGUAGACAGAGGGAUAUAAUGACCUCUGGGAAACAUCAUAGAUGGUUUUUGACUGAAGUCUGUUUUAUUGCCCCUGUUGCUUGAUUAUACCUUAAUGUUGAUAAGUUAUGGAGUUGGUCCUUUUGGCAUCUGUCUUUGCUCAACCCUGUUCCCAGCUUUCAAUAAAGUAGCAGUGCAGUGACUACUGCCUGCUUAAAAUAGUGA